AAAGGGUGGGACGUGGGCGGGGGAGGGGCGCGCAGUUGCUAACAGUGCGCGCGCGCAUCACGGGGCUGCCAUAAUGGUUUGGCUCCCGCUCAGUUCCCAGCGCCAGUACCCCACUCGCCUGGGUCGCUGCGCCCCGGAGCCUCCGCAAGUCAUGUCCCGGCUGCGCCUGUUGGCCCCACUGCUUGUCCUCAUGUGGCAACCGUUGUGGCUGCUGGUCCAGGCAGCUCAGCCUCCAGAGUGGGCCCUGGACCCUGCCCAGCUGACCUCCGACCCCCUGGAGGCGGCUGAGCCCUGGUCUUCGCGCUCCUCUGAUCCCCCACCCGAAUCGCCCCAGGCGCUUACACCCCCAGCUGGGCUGGGGGGCUUUAAUUACCUGGGGUCCUCUGCUCCAGCCCAGAUGUUGGCCCCGCCUAAGGAGUUGACGGAGACUUUGGUUCCAUUCCUGGACACGGAUUCCGUUGGAGGACUACCCUCAGGGCCAGAUGAGGAUCUGAAUGACCAGCUAACCCAGCAUCAAAGGCUCCCAGGUGUGGUUCCAAUGCCAGGUUGGGAUUAUUCAAUGUUUCCCAGGGUUACAAGUAAGCCUUUAGAUGUGGAACUUACCACAACUCCAGGGCCUGAUAAAGAUGUUGAAUCUUCUAUAGCCCAGCAAGAGGCCCCACCUCAGCCUCUUGAACAUACUGAGGAAGCAGAACUUUCUCUAACCCAGCAAGAGACCUCGGGUAAGCCUCCAGAGGAGGUUGAGCCUUCAAGUGAGUGGGAGACCCCAAGUCAGCAUUCCGAGCCUCCUGGGGUGAUUGAUCCUUCUCUAAGGCAGCAGGAGACCCCAGCUCAGCCUUCAGUGCCUCGUGAGGAAGCUAAGCCUUCUCUAAGCAAACAGGAACCCACAGCUCAGCUUCCAGACCCUUUUGGAGAAGCUGAACUUUCUCCAACCCAGGAGGAGGUCUCAGCUCAGCUUGCAGAGCUCCUUAAUGAGGCAGAAUCUUCAACCCAGCAGGAGACUCCAGCUCAGUCUCCAGGGGAGAUAGAAUCUUCUGCAACCCUGCAAGAGCAACCAGCUCAGCCUCCAGAGCUGCCUUCCAGGGAGGGGGAACCUUCUCCAACCCAGCAGGAGCACCCAGCUCAACCUCUAUGGCAUCAUAAGAUGACAGUUUCACCUCCAGGUCACUACCGUGAUCAACAUUUAAACCUGCCCAAUGUCAGUUUGAAACCUCCAGAUAUGCAGCUUACCAUGACUGCAGAACCCACUACAGAGGUGGGACCUUCUCCAGUUCAGCACGAGACUAGAGCUCAGCCCUCAGUGCCUCUUAAUGUGGAACCUUUUGAAACCCAGCAUGAAGCCCCAACUCUGCCUCCACAGUCCCCUGAGGUUGAAUCUUUGCCAGUUCAACAGGAGACUCCAACGCAAUCUCCAGAAUCUACCACACAGGAGAAACUUCCAACACAGCAGGAGACCCCAGUUCAGUAUCCAGAAUAUCCUGGAGAAGUUGAACCUUCUCCAACCCAGCAGGAGGUCCCACAUCAGCAUCCAGCGCCCCCUGAAAAUGUUGAAUCUUCUCCAGUCCAGCACGAAGUCUCAACUCCACCUGAAGAUUUUCCUGAGGAAAUUGAACUUUCUCCAAGCCAGCAGGAGAGCUCAGGUCUGCCUCAAGUGCCUGUUGCAAGUAGAGAACCUUCUCCAAUCCAGCAAGAGGUCCCAGCUCAGCAACCAAAGCCCAAUGAGGGGGUCGAGUCUUUUCCAGUUCAGUAUGAGCAUCCAGCUCAGCCUCCAGGGUCCUCUACAGAUGUUGUAGCUCAGUCUCCAGUACAGCAUGAGGUGACAUUCUCACCUCCAGGUCCAGGUGAAGCUCAGCAUCCAGUGUUGCCUAAUAUCACAGUUAAACCUGUGGAUCUGAGGAUUUUCAUAAGUCCCCAGGCAACUAAGGAGGUUAAACAUCUUCCAGUGCAGCAGGAUGUCCCUGCUCAAUCUCCUAUUCCCCCUGAGCAAGUUGAAUUUUCUCCAGCUCAGUCCAAGCGUCUUUCCCAGUCUCCAGAGUCCCCUGAAGAUGAGUCUUCUCCAGGCCAACAAGAGGUCCUAGCUCAGACUCCAGACCCCCCCUAAGGCUGUGGAACCUGCUUCAGGCCAACAGGAGGCCCCAGCUCAGUCUGUAGUCCCCCAGCUGGCCCCAGCUGUAUCUCCUGAGCCCCCUAAGGAGGUAGAACCUUCUCCCACACUGCAGGAGGCCCCAGCUCAGCCUUCAGAGCCCCCUAAUGAGGCAGAGUCUCCAACCCAGCAGGUGGCCCCAGCUCAGUUUCCAGUCCUCCAGGAGUCCCCAGCUAUAUCCCCUGAGCCCCCUAAGGAGGUGGAACCUUCUCCCACACCUCAGGAGGCCCCAGUUCAGCCUUCAGAGCCCGGUAAUGAGGCAGAAUCUUUUCCAACUCAGCAGGAAGCCCCAGUUGUAUCCCCUGAGCCCCCUAAGGAGGUAGAACCUUCCACACAGCAGGAGGCCCCACCUCAGCCUUGAGAGCCUCCUGAGAAGGUGGCACCAUCUCCAGUCCAGCAGGAAACCCUAUCUCUACCUCUCGAGCCACUUAAGGAGAUAGAACCUUCUCUAACACAACAGGAGGUACAAGCUCAGCCUUCAGAGGCCCCUGAGAAGGUAGAACCAUCUCCAAUUCUGCAGCAGUCUCCAACUCAACCUCCGGAGCCCUCUAAGGAGGCAGAAACUCCUCCAGCCCAGCAGGAGGCCCCCGUUCAGCCUCCAGAGCCACCUGAGGAGGUUGUAGCACAACCUCCAGUCCAUAAUGAGGUGACAGUUCCACCGCUAGGACAAGAGCAAGCUCAGCAUCCAAACUUGCCCAAUGUUACUGUUCAGCCUGCUGACCUGGAGCUUACUGUAACUCCAGAACCUCCUGUGGAGGCUGAGCAUUCUACAAUCAUGCAGCAGACUAUAGCUCCUCCAGAGGACACUGAGGUGACACCUCCACAUCCAGAGCAGGUCCAGGCUCAGCAUCCAAAUUUGACUGAAGCCAGAGUUCAGCCUUUAGACCCGGAACUGACCAUAACUCCAGAACCCGCUACAGAGGUUGAAACUUCAACCACGCAAGAGAUCCCAGGUCACCCUUCAGGGCCACCUAAGGAGGUUGUAGUUCAGCCUCCACUGUUUCGGGAGGUGACAGUUCCAACUCCAGGUCUGGAUCAAGCUCGUCAUCCAUUGUCACCUAAGGUAACAGUUCAGCCUUUGGACCUAGAGCUUACCAUAACUCCAGAACCCACUAUGGAGGUUAAAGCUUCUACAGCCCUGAAGAAAACUACAGCUCCUCCAGAGGACCUUGAGGUAACAUUUGCACAUCUAGAGCAGGUUCAGGUUCAGCCUUCACCCUUGAAUAAGGCCAAAACUCAACAGACCCCAGACCAGCCUCCAGAGCCGCCUAAGGAACUUGUAGCUCAAGCUCCAGUAUAUCAAGAGGCAGCAGUUCCAACACCAGAUCAGGAUCAAGCUCAGCGUCUGUGGUUGCCGAAUGUAAGAGUUCAGCCUUUGGACUUGGUGCUUACUGUAACUCCAGAACCCACUACGGAUGUUAAACAUCCCUCAGCCCUGCAGCAGACUAACACUCCUCCAGAGGACCUUGAGGUGACAUUUCCACAUUCAGAGCACAUUCAGCAUCCAACCUUAACUAAAGUCACAGUUAAACCUUUGGACCCAGGGCUUCCCAUAACUCCAGAAUCCACUACAGACACUGAACCUGCUCUAACCAUGCAAGAGACCCCAACCCAGCCUCCAGAGCCACCUAAGGAGGUUGUUCCGUAUCCAUCCCAACAGGAAGUGACAGUUCCUACUCCAAGUAAGGAUCAAGGUCAGCAACCAACAUUGCCCAGUGUCACAGCUCAUCAUGUGGACUUGGGGCUUACCAUAACUCCAGGACCUACUACAGAGGCUGAACAUUCUACACCCAUGAAGGAGACUACAGCUCGUCCUCCAAAGGACCUGGAGGUGACACUUGCACAUCCAGAGCAGGUUCAGAGUCAGCAUCCAAACCUGACUGAAGUCACAGUUCCACCUAUGGACCUGGAACUUACUGUAACUGCAGGAUCCAGUGUGGAGACUGAACCUUCUCCUACCAUGCGAGACACCCCAACUCAGCCUCCAGAGCCACCUAAGGAGGUUGUAGUUCAAUAUCCAUUCGAGCAGGAAGUGACAGUUCCAACUCCAAGUAAGGAUCAAGGUCAGCAUCCAGCAUCACCCAUCAUCCCAUUUCGUCAUGUGGAGCUUACUGUAACUCCAGAACCUAUUGCAGAGGCUGAACAUUCGACAACCCUGAAGAAGACUACAACUCCUCCCCCAAAGGACCUUGAGGUGACACUUGCACAUCCAGAACAGGUUCAGAGUCAACAUCGAAACCUGACUGAAGUCACGGUUCCACCUAUGGACCUAGAAAUUCCUGUAAGUCAGCAACCAGAGUCAUUUGAGACAGGUUUUCCUCCAACAACUCAACAUUCUGUGGUGCAUUGUGUAAACUAUACCUCAGAAAAGGCAUACACAACUUUAACUUGGCAACCAGAACAGAAUGCCACCACAGACCGCAAAAUAUGUGAGUGCUGUACCUGCAAAGAUGAGACACUGUCAUGUGUUGGUCUCAGCCUACAGCAGAGGCUCCGCAGAGUGCCCGUGCCGGAGCCCGACACCUACAACGGCACCUUCACCAUCUUGUAAGAAUCGCCUUUACUUGUUUGUUCUCUGCCUCCUGCUUGACAUGGCAGUCUCUUCCUCAGUGUCGUCCUGGGCCUUCCUCAUCUCCCCAACCACGUUGACUCACUUUCUGUUUUUACCUUUUCUUUGUCAACUAUCCCUUAUCUUCAUUUUCCUUUUUACUACUGUUCGCCCUUCUCCAAUCUUUUACUUGUAAUUGUCCUUAUUCUUUUUCCUUAUCCAAUUUUUAGCCCCAUUAUUUCAUUCCUUAACCUCUACUCUCCCAUUUUCGCUCCAUCCUCUAUAAUAGGAUACAACAGAGUAGUGAAGAGUAGAGAUUCUGGAACUAGAUUGCCUGCAUUUGGGCCGAGGUCUGUCAUCUAUUAACUUUGUGACUCAGUUUCCUUUUCUGUGAAAUGGAAAUUAUGAUAGCUACCAUCUCAUGGGAUUAUUGUGAGAUCUAGAUGAGGUAAUACAUAUGAAGCACUUGGAUCAGUGCCUGGCAAAAUAUGAGUGUUAGCUGUUAUUAUUUUGAUUCCCCAGACCUCAUCUUUGGCCCCCGGCCUUCCACAUACAGUACUCAGUUUGGGCCCAACCCAAGAGUAUGUACGAUGGGCGCCACACUAGGAUGCAAUCGUCUUCAGAACAUGAAAUGACAGGUGGGAAGAAAGGAAAUGGUCAUAAAAAGGGAGGUGGCAUGUAAUUAAGUACUAAAAGAGGUACCAUGGGUGUUGGAAUUCAGCAGACUCUGUACUCAGUGGAGUAUGGAGGUCAGGGAGAGCUGCAUGGAUAAGCUAACACUUUAGCUGAGACUUAAAGAGUGGCUCUGAUGUGUUAAAUAGAGAAAAAAUGGGUAUAAGUCUAGGCAAAGGCAUGGCUGCAGGAAUGAUCAGGAAUUAAGAAUUAGGUUAAGCAGUUAAAGAUCCAAUUACGAGAAACCUUGACUAUCAGCCAAAGAGGUUUGAACGUUACAUUCUGAGUUACAGAGGGCCAUUGAAAGUUUUCAAGCAUGAGAUACAGACCAUUGAAACGAGGAUUAUUUUCAGUUCCCCAUAUAGGGCGAUCUGGAGAGGAGAGCUUGAUCCAGCGAGACCAGAUAGAAUGUUCUAACAAAACCUAGGAGUAAAGUAACAAGGGGCCGAAUCAGAGUGGCUGAAAAGAGUAGAAAGAAAAGCCUUGAGAGCACUGCAAAGGAGGAAGUGACAAGAUAGACUAACUGAGGACAGUCGCGGGUGGGGUGUGCACUGGAAAGAGAAAACUCACAUAUUACUCUGAAACUUCUGUCCCAGAUAAGGAGAAUGAUGGAAGUUGAGGCAUCUUUUACCAGGGAACAUAGAGCAACCAGAAGGCUUCAGGUUGACUGGAAAUGUCCACCAGGCACAUGGGCAGAUGGGUAUCUGUUUUGAAUUUAUUCCUGACUCCCCUGAAAAAAAUGUGUAUAUAAACUGACCAGGUAAGCUGUUGCUGAGGGAAGAGGACAAAACUACAGGUAAAGGUUCAAAGUCAUACGCAGGGUUAGCGGUUGAAACUGAACCUCAGGCAUUUAAUAGCUUCUUUUAAACAUGUGUAAUUCAUGGAUACAUGAAUUAUCAUAGAUACUUUUUUUUGUUUUUAAUAUCACAGGUAUAGAGGAUAAAACGUGAAAAUCCCACCCCACCCUCCCUACCAC